AUGGACAAUUCAACGCAAGAUAUAGUCAACCUGCCAAAUUAUGAAGAGUCAGGAACAUCAGUGGAAGAAGGACCAGCGCAAGAAGGACCAUCGCAAGAAGGACCGACACAAGAAGGACCAAAUGAAAGUUUCUAUGUAAUGCUUAAUGUUCUAGCAAUAUUUAUAUUUAUAAAAGUGUCUAUAUGUUUUUCCUAUGAUUUUGACGACUAUGAUCAUCAACCAAAAGCGCGUGGUGCACCAUCGGCCGACGACAUAGAAUUUGAACCAGUAAUGACCUUGACGAAAGAUAAAGAGAAAUUGAUUUCAAUGAAGAAUAUAAAUUGUGAUAACUUCGCAGAGUAUGCACAUAACUGUACGACGGAGGCUGCAAUGAGUUACAAUUCAGUUAAAAAGUCCCCUCCGAUGCCCGGACAAGUUUAUGAUUGGUGCAAAGCGAUACGUCACCUCACAAAUUGUGCGAUAGAUUGGAAUUCAGAUUGUAAGGACGUGACAGAAAGCCACUUCAACGAAGAGAGUAUUCGGGGGCAUAUGCACGUGGUUAACAAUAUAUGUAACGAUGAACAAUUUCUAUCCAGGUACGACGAAUUGCCAAAUUGUAUUGAGGGAUCCGCUGAUGCGUGGGAGAAGUGUUAUGCCUUCUUCAAAUCCACAGUGGACGAACAAAAGAAUACCACACAUGAAUGGACACAUUUCGAAACGCAUUUCCAUAUGUGUUGUGCCCGAGCCAAAUUCAGGAGGUGCACUGCGGAUGCACUUUUUGACAUGCCCAAAACUUGUCCGUAUGAACAGGCGGUCACUUUACAGCAGUUUUCAGCGAUAGUCUCAGAAGGUGAUGUGUUUCAGUCGUACAGACAAAAGUUCGUUGAACCGUUAUAG